CGGAGCUGAGGAGACGGAGCUGAGGAGACGGAGCUGAGGAGCCGGAAGGAGGAGACCACGCCGGCGCACGUCGGAGGCAACGCCGGCGAGGAAAGAUGGGAUCCACAAAAGACAAUCCAAUUGAAAUUGACAGUGAUCCAAGCUUGUACUCCGGUUCUUCAAGCUCAGACGCUACCAUGUCUGACAAGUCUGACUGUGACUGUCAAUCCCUUGGGGUCUUCAGAGGGCCACUGGUAAGUGGGAGCCAUGACUUUGAUGAGCACUGCAUGUUUGGAAAUGACAUGUACUUGACAAAAGGUCAAGUCGAUUUCCUUAAUGAGCACUGCAACCACUUUCCAACAGAGGAAUUUGAGUACUAUGUCUACAGGAUGACCAAGUCAGCAGUGAUAAAGAAUAAAUGCAAGCUGGAUAUUGGAAAGAAGUUCACUGCCAAGUACCUGAAAAGGUUCAUUGACGAUGCUCCUGGCAAUGCUGUUACUCUUUCUCUAGAGUACACCGACAGCAAUGCACGCUUUAAAGUUACCAUGAAGAUGGCAAAGGGGAAGGCCAAGAAUGCAAUCAUAGCAACUGGUUGGUCAAAGGCUAUGAAUACUUAUGAGAUCAAAGAAGGAGCCAUCUGCAUCUUUGAAUUCUACGUUGACAUGAAAGGUAAGCUUGCUCUGAUGAUCCACAGUCUACCCGAUGACCGUGAUGACUCGAUUCAUCCGAGUCAUCGUAUGGGCAUGCUACUUAAGAUGCCUGUGAUGCUUUUGUAUGUAAUGCCUGACAUGCUAUGCCUGUGA